GACGGCCACUACCGCCAGUAACCAGUACGCCGUCGCAACGCGGUCCGUUAGCACGUGCUCAUCGACCGCCAGCAUCGUCUCUCCGCUCGGUCAUUAUCGCGAUUCACGCUCGACGACAACAACAAUAAUAAUAUUAUCAUCGCACUCUUUUGCGUUUUCGCGUAGUGCUCACCAUCACCACAAUUCUCCUCGAACAUAUCGCCUAAUUUCUAUAGUCGAUUUUUAUGUAAAGUGCGCCAUGUCCGCUCCUCGUCAGCCAUCGGUUAUCACGGGCGGUACGUAAAAUACCGGUCUGAUAACGACACACGUGUUUGGAUAGAAGUACUGAGCGCACGCCAGAACGGUGGCGAUGGCUUUCAAAUGGCCAGUGGUCGCGUUUUGUUUGCUGGCCACAAUUAUGGGCUCCGGGUUGGCCGCCCGUAAAAAAUCGCCACUGCUCGAAGAGAACGCAGUGCCGAAAAAACCGAACAGGGUGACAGAAUGCCAGUUCGGCAAGCAGCUCAAAGAGAUUGGGUCGACGUGGUACGCCGACUUGGGGCCACCUUUUGGUAUCAUGUACUGUAUCAAGUGCGAAUGCGUACAGGUACAAAAAAAGAGACGAAUAAUCGGUCGGACGCAAUGUCGUAAUAUAAAAAACGAUUGUCCAAAACCAAAUUGCGAUGAACCGACCUUAUUGCCAGGAAAAUGUUGUAAAACUUGUCCCGGAGAAGAUGCCAAUGAAUUUAUUCAAGAUCCGCCAGAAGAAGAAGAAAAAAGUCUAAAACAUUUUGCGGCUGUACUGACUGGUAAAUCGGUCGAAUUUAAAAAGUCUGACUACCCUUCAAAUUUUGUACCAGAAACAGAGUUAGAACACGUGGCGACUGGUCGUUUUUCUUUUUAUAGAAAACAUUUAUACUUUUCAUUUUACACUAAUAAGCCUGAUAGACCGAGAUUGGUGCAGUUCAAUGAUGCCAAUGGAAACAUUAUAGAAGAAAUAACUCUAUUGUCGGGAACUAUUUAUCAAAAUGCAACAGACAAGAUUUGUGGAGUUUGGCGACGGGUAUCUAAAGACUAUAAACGAUUAUUACGCGAAGAAAAAAUAUCUGUAUCACUGGUUUGGGACACAGCAAUUAUUGUUGGUCAGUUGUUUAGAUUUAAGGCACUGGACACGGAAGUAUUCAGUUCGCUGAUGACUGGUUACGUUCGAGAUACUGGUGGCACAGCAAUUGUUUCCAUAUCGACCAUAUCUCCGUCUAUACACAUGCAAAUCGUGUUCAACGGUGGCGCCGUUGCUGUGAUCGGUCAAGACAGCGGAUCAUUUUCGGUGAAGUUAAAGUAUGCCAACGGGGAUGAGAGGACGGUCAUCGAUGAGAUCAUCAAAGUGGAAAAACUAACCAACAAAUCUAUGGUCAUUGAAGUGCGGUCGCCGGUUGCAUUUUCUGACCUCAAUGCUUUAUCCAAGAAGGACCUCGUUGUUGUUUUAGAAUCGAAGCAGCAACCUGGUUUAAAGUUGCAGGGCUUAGUUAAGCCCAGAGUUUUUUGUGAUAUAUACCAGACGCUAGUUGUGUCCAACAGUCAUCAGAAGGAUUUGAAAAAUGGAAGGACAAGCGGCAUUGGUUGGAUGUUUAUUAAUAAGGACGGAGCGUUGGAGUAUCGCGUUAAAUUUAACAAUAAUGCAGUCUCCGAGUUAACUAUUGCGUCUACAGAGUCUCGUGUGUCUUCCAUUGACUUGUCUGAGUCCAUCGUACUUAAUUGGAGUAAUGGAACCAUUACCACUAUGGGACCUGUCCAUUUGGAACAACUGUAUGCUGAAGAUCUCGGCCUUAUCAGCGUGUCGUCCGGUUUCAGAGGUCGGUUGUCUUGGAGACCCGUUGCCGACGCGAGAGACUCUGGCGCUCCGAUGUUGCUCUCGAGUCAUGAUGAACAAACUCCUAUGGUUGGAUUGCUUUGGGCAAUGGUAGAUUCAGAUUGUACUCUACAAUAUGAAGUAAUUUUAUCUGGUCCUAAUGUUAAAAACAGAAAGUUUGAACUUUACAUUGAAGAUUCACCAUUGCUGGUACACGGGGCACCAAUUUUUAGAAGACUUCUUGAAGAAUUUGAAGGACCUAUAUUUGAAGGUUAUAUUAUAGGUCUCAGUCAAGAAGAAUUAUUAAGAUUAAAUAUUAAUUUAGUACAUGUUGAUUUAUGGGAUCCAAAACUUGGUCAGUCAAUUCUAAAAACUGAAUGGAAACAUGUAAAUAUACCCAAUGUAUGUAUAGUCAAAGAUUCUAUUGAAAAUGAUUCAAAUAAUAUAUUGAUGAACAACGAUGAGUCGGAACAGCAACACACAUCACUUUUAAGUUGUUACCAUGGACAAAAGUAUUAUCAACAUGGAGCUCAAUGGACAUCAACUGUCGAUGAGUGCUACAUGUGUAAUUGUCAUUAUGGAAGAGUGAUAUGUGAUUUGAUUAUUUGUCCAAUUGUGCAAUGUGCAGUACCUUCAGCAAAGCCUGGAACAUGUUGUCCAACAUGUGAAGAUAAUAUUUUGGAAAGCCAAAGAAAUUCUACUAACUCAUGCUGGUUAGCUGGUCAACAAUUUCAAGCAGGGAGUAGUUGGCACCCAUAUUUACCACCAAAUGGAUUUGACACUUGUACUUUAUGUCAUUGUAACAGUACAUCUUUAAAAAUUAAGUGUCAACGAACCGAUUGUCCUGUCCUGGAGUGUGAUCAAAGGGUUGCUAUUAGGCCUACAAAACGUUCUUGUUGUAAAGCAUGCCCAUCUACUUUCCAGUCAACUACCAAACCUAAUCCAAUUGUUCAACUUACUCAAGGUGAUCAACAAGCCACCAAUGACAAUGGAUCAUCUGAUGUAGAUGUAUUAAAUAAUGGUGGUUGUAGCUAUCCGGUUGGAGGACCUUAUGAAAAUGGCCAGGAAUGGCAUCCCAAAAUUUAUUCACAUGGUGAAGUCAAAUGUAUAAAUUGCAAAUGCAAAGAUGGUAAAGUUAGAUGCGACCGUAAGAAAUGUCCUAAGUGGUCGUCAUGCUCAGAUCCUUGUUGUGCAGCUACAUGUCGUAGGCACAAGAGACAUCCAUUUAAACUUUGAUAUGUAACAUUGUUCCUUUAACAACAAAUAAUCUUGAUAAUAAUUAAUACUGAGAAUGAAUUAUAUUUAACAAAAUAUUAUAAAUACUUAAGUUAUAAUAACAUAUUUUUAUACAAUUAAAUAAUGAUGAAAACCGUCAUGAUAGUCUUUGACUAAUGUAUAAUUAUUAAUUAAUAUAAUUUUAUAAUUUACCGAAAUCCAUAGACUGAUGCACAUAAUGUUUACAAACAUAUAUUAUUUUUCGUUAAAUGAGUAACUGAUUUUAUGUAAUUGUCAGUAUUAAUCUAAGAAGUAAUUUAUCAACAAAAUAUUAACUUAAUUAUAAUGCUGUAUAUAUAUGUAAUUCUUUUUUUUUCUUAAAUUAUUUAAUUUGUUGGCUGUCAUAAUUUGUAAUUUAUAUUCACUUAUUAAAUUUUUAGUAAAUGACAAAUCAUUAUUUUA